AUGCUAGCGCCAAUCCGCUACCAGAAGUUUCUCAGUUAUAUAACCGGAUGGAUCGCAGUCAUUGGCUGGCAAACUGCAUUGGCCGCGGCUGCUCACCUGGCCGGAACUGAAAUACAAGGUGUUGCAAUUCUUGUGUACGACAACUACAAUCCCAAAGCCUGGCAAGGGACAUUGAUUAUGUGGGCAUCCCUUUUCGUCGGAAUUGCUGUUAAUCUCAUAGGCGGCAAACUGCUCCCUCGAUUGGAACAUGGUAUUCUGGUGUUGCAUGUCCUCGGAUGCUUGGCAAUCAUUAUACCAAUGACGGUGUUGGCUGAUCACAAUUCCACGCGGGAGGUUUUCACAGAGUUUCUCAACGGUGGGGAGUGGCCGACUCAGGGUCUCUCCUGGUUUGUUGGACUCUCCGGCUGCGCCUUUUCAUUUGCGGGUGGUGAUUCGGUCGUUCAUAUGGCGGAAGAGAUUCAUAAUGCGGCUAUUGUUCUUCCACGCGCUAUGAUGCUGUGUGUGCUUAUCAAUGGCAUCCUCGGAUUCGGCAUGCUCAUCGCUCUUCUCUUCUGUAUGGGAGAUAUUCAAGAUGCUCUGUCAACUCGAACGGGAUAUCCAUUCAUCGAGAUCUUCUUCCAUUCCACUGGAUCCACGGUCGGAGCUGUUCUGAUGUCCACCAUCGUGCUGGUGAUAUCCAUGUUUGGUGUGAUGGGCAUGCUCGCUGCCGCUUCGCGGCAGUUUUGGUCCUUUUCAAGAGACAGGGCAGUUCCUGGCUGGCGAGUGUGGUCUAAAGUGCUGCCUUCUAACCGCAUACCCAUCUAUUCCAUCCUUCUUAUAACGACCGUGGCCUGGCUACUUUGCCUCAUCAACAUCGGAUCAGAAGUCGCUCUCCAGGACAUUUUAUCAAUUGCAGUGUCGGCCAUAUAUAUUUCCUAUCUGAUGGUCGCCUCUUUGCUUCUCUAUCGCCGCUUCAAGGGACAAAUAUCCACCUACAAUGACAGCGACGGUGCGAUCAACGUUCCGGGUGCUAAAUUGGUCUGGGGACCAUUCCACAUUCCAGGGUUUAUUGGUACAGUCAUCAAUGCAUAUGCCGUGGUGUACAUGAUCAUCGUCAUAUUCUUCAGCUUCUGGCUUCCGCACAUCGCGCCGACCGUCACAACGAUGAAUUUCAGCGUUGUCGGGACAUUCGGUACUAUCAUCCUGGCCAUUGCUUAUUAUUUGCUACGUGCUAGACAUUUCUAUACUGGGCCUGUGUUGGAAACUACAUCUUGA